AUGUCAAAAACUAAUAGUACAAAAUCAUCGAUUCGCUUGAAACGCGAUCAUCAAAAUAGUUUAUUAGGAGAUUCUUCGAUUUCAUCAUCUUCAUCAUCACCAAUAAAAAAACAAAAACAACAACAUCAUACAAAUUUAAUGAAUAAAGGAACACGUAAUCAUUAUCCAAAUGGUUCAUCAUCAACUUUUAUUUCUUCAACUUCAACAAAAAAACUUAUUAUUAAAAAUUUAAAAACUUCAUCUCUUGUACCACCGUCAGAUUAUUUUGAUAAAAUAUGGCCAUUACUAAAACAAGCAUUAGAAGCUAUUCUUAAUGGUACAACAAGUCCAACAAAUGAAGAACAACUUUAUCGUCAUAUUGAUCAUCUAUGUACAACAUCAACAAAUGAUACAAAUAUUUCUUCACCUAAUCUUCUCUAUGAUAAUUUACGUAAAGUACUUGAUGAACAUAUUCAAACAUUUGUACCUAUUCUACUCAAUGAAAUAAAUGAUAGUAAUGAUUAUCUUCGAAUACUUAAUUCAAUUUGGAAUGAUCAUAUUAUACGAUCAAGUCUUAUUCGUCAGUUAUUUAUUGUUCUUGAUCGAACAUAUGUUUUACAUGCAGCUGUACCAAGUAUAUGGGAACUUAAUCAAGAUUUAUUUCGUCGAUAUGUUAUGCAAAAUUCAAUAAUUUCCAAUAGAUGUAUCAAUGGUAUACUCAAAUUAAUUGAACAAGAAAGACGAGGUGAAACUGUUGAUCGAAGUUUAAUCAGAAAUCUUAUUCGAAUGUUAAUUGACCUUCAUCUGUAUCGAAAAGAUUUUGAACCAUCAUUUUUACAAUCGACUGAACAACUUUAUCAUAAUGAAGGUCGUCAGUUAAUUCAAACAUUAGAAAUUAGUCAAUAUCUCACACAUGUUGAACGGCGUCUUCGUGAAGAACAAGCUCGAUUAACCAACUAUAUUGAUCAAUCAACAAAAGUUCAACUUAUACAUCUUGUUGAAAAUAAUUUAAUAACAUCUCAUAUUAAAGAAAUGCUUUCCAAAGGUUUCGAUACACUUAUUAAUGAAAAUCGUUAUGCAUCUGUAGCAUUAAUGUAUGAACUUUUUCUUCGAAUUGGUCAAAUUGGUAUCAUAGAAAUUCGAGAAGCAUUUGGAAAUUAUAUAAAAAAACAUGGCCGUGCACUUGUAGUUGAUGUUGAUAAAGAUGAUAAAAUGGUUGAUGAAUUACUUGAAUUUAAAGAAAAAUUAGAUCGUUUUCUACAUGAAUGUUUUCAUAAUAAUGAAAAAUCUUCAAAUAUACUUAAAGAUUCAUUUGAACAUUUUAUAAAUCAACGUUCAAAUAAACCAGCUGAAUUAAUUGCAAAAGCUGUUGAUGCAAGAUUACGUACUGGAAAUAAAGAAGCAUCAGAAGAAGAAUUAGAAAAAAUACUUGAUAAAUUACUUAUUUUAUUUCGUUUUAUUCAUGGAAAAGAUGUAUUUGAAGCAUUUUAUAAAAAAGAUCUUGCAAAACGUUUAUUAGUAGGAAAAAGUGCAUCAGUUGAUGCAGAAAAAUCUAUGUUACUUAAACUUAAACAAGAAUGUGGAAAUGUAUUUACAAGUAAACUUGAAGGCAUGUUUAAAGAUAUGGAAUUAUCAAAAGAUAUUAUGAUCGCAUUUGAUCAAUUCAUGCAUGGUCGUGAAACUCCUGGAAAUAUUGGUAUGUCUGUUUCUGUGUUAACAAUGGGUUUUUGGCCAACAUAUCAACCAGUUAGUGCUAUAUUACCAGUUGAACUUUGUCGAUUGAAAGAUAUUUUUGAAAAAUUUUAUUUAAGUAAACAUACAGGAAGAAAACUUCAGUGGCAAUAUUCACUGGAUCAUUGUUUAUUAAAAGGAUGGUUAAAAGAAAAGGCAGUCAAAGAAUUUCAAGUAUCACUAUAUCAAGCACUUGUUCUUCUCCUCUUUAACCAACAUCUUAAUCUUAGUUAUAAAGAUAUUAUAGAACAUACGAAAAUACAAGAAGGAGAAUUACAACGAACUUUGCAAUCAUUAGCUUGUGGAAAAAUUCGUUUAUUAAAUAAAAAACCAUUAACAAAAGAAAUCAAUGCAGACGAUCACUUUACAUUAAAUACAUCUUUUGAUCAUAAAUUAAUUCGAAUAAAAAUUAAUCAAGUUCAAUUAAAAGAAACGCCUGAAGAAAAUACUUCAACAACACAACGUGUCGUACAAGAUCGUCAUUAUCAAAUUGAUGCUUGUGUUGUACGAAUAAUGAAAACACGCAAAAUACUUGCACAUGCUCAAUUAAUGUCUGAAGUUUUUGCUCAAUUAAAAUUUCCAAUAUCUACAUCAACAGUUAAAAUACGUAUUGAAAGUUUACUUGAACGUGAAUAUAUGAAACGAGCAACUGACAAAGCUAAUGUAUAUGAAUAUAUUGCAUAA